GUCGGGAGCGCGCGCCCGGGGUCUCGCGUACAAGUGUUGCGUGCUGCCGCUUUGCCGUCAGUUAACCGCUGCCUGCAUGUCUCACGGCGGCUGAGGCUGCCCAUCCCGAGCGGCAAAACAAAGAAGGAGCCCUUUCGUGGCGUUUUUUGACUUGAGCCCGGAGCGGGAUGUGAAACACCCAGGUUAGCUUCCCGCUGUCCCGGGUUUUCGGUUGUGUGAGCGGCUUGUGAAGGACUGACAGGCGGGUUUUUCUUCUUGUAAGGCAUGUGAUAAGAGAGAGGAGGCUGUGAGGCGUGUUCACGGAUGUAACCGGGAGCUGGGGAGAGGGAAGACGGGGGAUCUCCUCUGGUUUCAUGUCGGCUGUGGAUGUGACCGUUCAGCAGGGACGUGCUGCUGGAUUUUUAGCUGUUGAAUGGCAGAUAUACACAGAAGAGGAGGGCGAUGAAUGACUGCGGAGCUCAGUAGUUUGCAGUUAUCUGAAUGACUUGUGUCUCUUGUUAAAACGCGCACACACGGUGGAGCCGUUUUGAUUGUUCGUGGAGUGGAGUGGGGGCUAACGCUGGUUAAACAACACAGGGUGGAUCAGUUCAGGCGCGGCCACAGGCGGACCUACAAUGCGGAUUACCUCCUGACUGUUUGCCUUUGUGUCAUUACACAUUUGUAUGAAGUUGAGAUAAGACUCGCAGGCCUAUACGAGUAUCGUUUCUUAUUUUAUUUCCUCAAGAAAGGAGACAUCGCGUUCAUCCGUGGGGCGAAUCCCCACAUGUGCACAAGUGGUCCGUGAAUCUGCACGGACUGAAGGCAGCAACAGGGACAGCCAUGGCGAACGACUCCAUUCAAAGCGACCCAGGCGGGCUGUCGGUUCUGGAGCAGCUUGGUCUGGACCAAAACUCGGACUUCUCGGACUCCAGUGUUCAGCAGCUUCUGGAUGAGCAGCGGGAAAGGAUCCGUAGGGAAAUUCGCAAGGAGCUGAAGAUCAAGGAGGGAGCCGAGAACUUGCGCAGGGCGACGACUGACAAGAGGAAUGCACAGCAGGUGGACAGUCAGCUGCGGUCUUCAAACCGCAAGUUGGAGAACCUGCAUGCUCAGCUGCAGGAACUGGAUGCUCAUAUUGUGGUGAAAGGAGGAGAAGAGAAUCGAGAUGAGUGUCCUCAGUCUCCGGGGGCUGAGAGUCGUACGUCAGCCCACAAGGAACGCAUCGCAGCCCUGGAGAGACAGCUCAACAUUGAGCUCAAAGUCAAACAGGGAGUUGAAAAUAUGAUCCCUGUUUACUCCAAUGGAUCCACCAAGGAUAAGAAAAUGCUGCAGACGGCACAGCAGAUGCUUCAGGACAGUAAGACCAAGAUCGACAUCAUCCGCAUGCAAAUUCGAAAAGCUGUUCAGGCCACGGAGCAUAAUGACGACACACAGGGUAACCAAGACGUGUGCGGGAUGGAGCUGCGCAUCGAAGAGCUGAGACAUCACUACAGGGUGGAGCAUGCUGUUGCUGAGGGGGCCAAAAACGUCCUCAGGCUCCUGGGGGCCAGCAAGGUUCAGGACAAGAAAGCUCUGUCUGAGGCACAGUCUCGUCUGAGCGAGGCCUCCCAGCGUUUGGACCUGCUGAGAGAUUCUCUGGACCAGCGCCUGGCAGAGCUGCCAGAGGACCAUCCAAAGGCCAGCAUCAUCAAAGAGGAGCUGGUCUUGGCCUCCUCGCCUGCCUUCAGCUCCCGCCACGGCGCCCCCUACCUUCAAAACCAGUAUACUACCCUCAGCAAGCCAUCGCCUCUCACUGGUACAUUACAGGUGCAGCUGCUGGGCUGUGUUGGGUUACUGGAGGUGGUCCCAGGGCGCAAUAAAGGGACACCUCUCAUGCUGCCCAGCUACAGCCCCGGAGACACACGGUCCUUCAUGAGGGGCAGCAAGGGGCUCUACGGACGCAGUGGCUCCGUCAGCGGGAAGACGCCGAGCAAGACAGAGGAGCUCUCCUCUGAGGUGAGUGCAGUGCUGAAGCUGGAUAACACAGUAGUGGGUCAGACUGCUUGGAAGACUGUGGGAGAGCAGGCCUGGGACCAGACGUUCACUGUGGAGCUUGAAAGGUCGAGGGAGAUGGAGAUCGCAGUUUACUGGAAGGACUACCGCUCGCUGUGCGCUAUUAAGUACCUGAAGCUGGAGGAGUUCCUGGACAACCAGAAGCACAGAGUUCAGCUGGAGUUGGAGCCUCAGGGCCUGCUGCUGGCUGAGGUGACCUUCUUUAACCCGGUUAUUGAGAGAGUCCCGCGCCUGCGGAGGCAGAAGAAAGUCUUUUCUAAGCAACAAGGCAAGGCGUUCCUCCGGGCUCGUCAGAUGAACGUGGAUAUCGGAACGUGGGUGAGGCUGCUUCGAAACGCCAUCCCCACCGUCAACAACUCAGGAACCUACAGUCCCAACGCACAAAGCCUCACACUCAACUCUGGGGAGAUCUCAGUGGAAAAGUUGAGUCUGGACAGUGAGUCUCCAAUAAGAGGCGAUUACAAGAGAGACAUGGACAUUCAGACUCCAGUGAGACCGAUGGAGCGAGAAGAAACCCGGGAAUUAGGGGAGGACCGACAUCCAGUCAUCGAUCCCCUCUCCCCCCGAGACCUCACCCCUGAGUCCCCUGCCCGAACCCAUUCAGUUAGCAGCAAGCAGAAGAAAGGUCCGCUGUCCCUCCAGGACUUCAGGCUCAUUGCUGUUUUGGGUCGUGGACACUUUGGGAAGGUGUUAUUGUCAGAGUACAAGAAGACCGGCACGAUGUAUGCCAUCAAAGCCCUGAAGAAAGGAGAUAUCAUUGCUCGGGAUGAGGUGGAUAGUCUGAUGUGUGAGAAGCGCAUCUUUGAGACCGUCAACAUGUCGCACCAUCCCUUCCUGAUCAACCUGUUUGCGUGCUUCCAGACACCAGAGCACGUGUGUUUUGUUAUGGAGUACACAGCAGGAGGCGACCUGAUGAUGCACAUCCAUACAGACGUCUUCACAGAGCCACGGGCUGUGUUUUACGCAGCCUGUGUGGUUCUCGGACUUCAGUUCCUCCACGACCAUAAGAUUGUGUACAGAGAUCUCAAGCUCGACAACCUGCUGCUAGACACAGAUGGUUAUGUGAAGAUCGCUGACUUUGGACUCUGUAAAGAAGGAAUGGGUUUUGGGGACCGGACCAGCACCUUCUGUGGGACUCCAGAGUUUUUAGCUCCCGAGGUCCUGACAGACACGUCCUACACCAGAGCCGUAGACUGGUGGGGCCUGGGGGUCCUCAUCUAUGAAAUGCUGGUGGGAGAGUCUCCUUUCCCAGGGGAUGAUGAAGAGGAGGUGUUUGACAGCAUUGUGAAUGAUGAAGUCCGCUACCCACGCUUCCUCUCCACUGAGGCUAUUGGCAUCAUGAGGAGGCUGUUAAGGAGGAACCCAGAGAGAAGAUUGGGAUCUGGUGAGAAGGAUGCAGAGGAGGUGAAGAAGCAGCCAUUUUUCAAAAGCAUGGACUGGGAGGCGCUGCUGCAGAAGAAGUUGCCCCCUCCCUUCGUCCCGUCCAUCGGCGGCAAAGAAGACGUCAGUAACUUUGACGAGGAGUUCACCACAGAACCUCCGACGCUCACGCCUCCACGUGAGCCCCGUUCGCUCUCCCGCAAAGACCAGGACAGUUUCCGGGACUUUGACUACGUCUCUGACCUCUGCUAGUGGACCCGAAGCCAACAGAUCUCGAGGAACGUUGGAUUUCGACGACUUCGCAACAGUUUCAGCCAGACCAGAGAGAUAUGUCUCUAGCUGACUGUCCGCGCUCGUCUGUCGCUUCUUGUUACACUGUGAAUGAAUGAAACUGAAGACGAAGAGACUGUGUUUCGUGUGUCUGCAGAGUUUUAAAGAUCAUGGACUGAGCAAAUGAAAGCCUGGACAGAUAUUAGUUGGGGUUAUAAUGUUCUAUCACAAACAAAGGCCCCCCUUUCCAGUCACUGUACAAAACUGCAGUGGGUUUUGUAGCUUGCAGACUUUAAAAAGUCUCCUCCCUUCUUCUUAGGCAUCUCGGCAGUCGCCAGUUCAGCUGUAAGAGGCGGAGCUUGCUGUAUUUUUGUACUUUUGACUGUUUAGGGGUUGCUCAGUGGCCUCUCAUACCAAUGCCUUACGUUUAUACUUGUAUUUGUUCCACAGAAAAAAAGCAUUUUGUUUUACUUUGUGGCCCUUUGUGUACAGCAGCAGGGCGAGGAGGGAUACAGUGUGCUGCAGAAACUCCUCUAUGUUUUUGGAAGAGGGAAAAAAAAGACACUCAGAGCUGAUAACCAUCAGUCUUUUGACUGCUUUUAGGUGUAUUAUUAGUUAACUAAUGGGUAAAGAACCACUGUCCUGCUUCACUGCAGUGGACCUUCCUUUGGAUGUCCACCAACUACUUUUUAAACUUGUGCUGCUCGGAUUUUACAAGAGCAGUUGACUCGUCCUUUUUAGUUGAAUGUUUGGGUUUUAGGAAGAAUUUGAUAUAAAUGUGUAGCACACACACACACACACACACACACACACAUAACCGUCAGCAUAAAAGCUUUGUGGAAAACAUUUUUAUUAUUCCAAAAGAAAAAAUCUGAACACUAAACUGUGAUGUACAAGUAACAAACUGCUCUUUAUGGGUUUGGAGACACGUUCAUCCAGUCACCUGAGUGCUACCAGAGAUUUGUGAACAUGAAGUAAGUGAUUUCCCUCCGAGGCGAUUAAAUCUUUAACCUCACUGGCUGUAAAAGUUGUUUUAGUGUCUGUUUUCGGAGCUUAAGCCCUGACAGGUUACGCUCUGGCUGCCGCGGUCGCUGUGGCUGUUUCCGAAACUUGCUGAUGUCUAAGUACUUGUGGAAAUUCUGCCGGGCGCCAUACGCAAAACAAACAUGAGCUGCUUUUCCACAGUAGAACCAAUUAGAGAGGCGAGAGCUCCAAUUAGAGGCGAGAGCUGGCGUAGACCUUUGGUAAUACCUUUGAUGAUAUCUGUAGGAAAACGAUGAGCCAACAGUGAAAACCUGUGUAACACACAACAGCAGUGGUUUGUUGUUAAGAUGUAUGUGCGGUGGUGUGGAUUUUACCUGUCUUGUGUACGACAGUACAGAACCAUGUGAGUAUGAGAUGACGUAUUUUAUAAAGAAAACCGUGAGUGAA